AGUGAGGUUCCGUGGGCAGUGCCUCCACGGCAAUUACAGGAAGGAGGAAUGCUCCUGCCUCUGCGACGCGGGCUACGGGGGAGCUGAGUGUGGCACGAAGAUCCGGUUCCCCUUCCACGCCUGUGACGUGAGGAUAGACGGCAACUGCUUCAUGGUGUCCCCCGAGGCCGACACCUACUACGGAGCCAAAAUAAAGUGUCAGGAGAAAGGGGCGAUGCUGGCCCAGAUCAGAAACCAGAAGGUCCAGGACAUCCUGGCUUUCUACCUCAGCCGCUUGGAGACUGGUAACAGGGUGACAGACACCGAUUUCGAGACCGGGAACUUCUGGAUCGGUCUCACCUACAAGACAUCCAAGGCUUCCUUCCGCUGGGACGUGGGCGAGCCGUCCUCCUUCACCAGCUUCGCUUUCGGGCAGCCAGACAACCAGGGAUUUGGGAACUGCGUGGAGAUGCAAGCAUCAGCUGCCUUCAACUGGAAUGACCAGCGCUGCAAGACCCGAAAUCGGUACAUCUGUCAGUUCGCCCAGGAGCACAUCUCCCUGUGGCAGCGGGACCCCUGA